AUGGGAAGAAUCCCAGUAGCUGUUGAGUUGUCAAAGAGAGGGGUAUCUGUGGAAACAAAGAAUUGUCUUAUGUGUAAUGAGGGUGAAGAAAGCACUGAUCAUGUACUAGUGGACUGCCCUUAUGCUAGGAGAGUUUUUGAAGGAGUAUUCGGAUGGUGUGGGAUGAGCAUGGAACCUUUCCACUCGGUGAAGGAACUUGUAGACUCAGCUUCUCGGUGGGGUAGGUGCCAAAAAAAGAGAGAGCUCCUCUUGGCAAUAUACUAUGGAACUAUUUGGUGUAUUUGGAAAUCAAGGAAUGAAAGAGUUUUUAAGAAAAUCCUGCAUCCAAAACUCAAAGUUAUUGAUUUUAUCAAAUCAAUGACAUAUCUAUGGGUGAAAAACACGGGUGAAAUUAUCCGGAUGGAUUGGGCAACAUGGUCUCAAUGCCCAUUGUUGUAG